CGAUGGGGCCCGGUGGGGUCGGGCCGGCCGAGCCCCAGCCACAGCAGCGGGACCGACCGACCGACCGACCGACCGACCGACCGACCGACCGACCGACCGACCGACCCGACCGACCCGACCGACCCGACCGACCCGACCGACCCACACACGGACCGACCGACCGACAAACCACGGCGGACGGCGAAAGAGGGAAAGCAAGCAAGGGAAGCUCCCGGAGCCGCCUCCCCUCCUCCCUCCGGCCCCAAAGUUCCGUCGUGGGGCGUGGGAGCGGCCGGGCCGGGCUGCGGGGCGGGUGCGCUGGGUCAUGUGGCGGCUGCGGCCCCUGCCCCGGCCCCUGCUGGCCCCGCUGGCCCCUCUGGCCCCGCUGUCCCCGCUGUCCCCGCUGUCCCGGCCCCCCGCCGGGAGGCCUCCGUGUCGCGGUCUGGGCACCCACCCCAAGAAGGAGCCCAUGGAGGCGCUGAACACGGCGCAGGCGGCCCGGGACUUCAUCUACAGCCUGCACUCCACCGAGAGGACCUGCCUGCUCAGGGAGCUCCACCGCUUCGAGUCCAUCGCCAUCGCCCAGGAAAAGUUGGAAGCUCCUCCUCCCUCGCCUGGAAUGCUGAGAUAUGUGUUCAUCCACAAUGCAUUGCCUUUCGUAGGGUUUGGCUUUCUGGAUAAUGCAAUCAUGAUUGUUGCUGGAACUCAGAUAGAAUUGUCUAUUGGAGUUAUCCUUGGAAUUUCCACGAUGGCAGCUGCUGCUUUGGGAAAUCUUGUUUCAGAUUUAGCUGGACUUGGUCUUGCAGGCUAUGUGGAAGCUUUAGCCGCUAGAUUAGGCCUUUCAAUUCCUGAUUUGACGCCGAAGCAAGUCGAUAUGUGGCAAACACGAGUUAGUGCCCACUUGGGUAAAGGUGUUGGAGUGGCCAUUGGUUGUCUUCUAGGAAUGUUUCCUUUGCUCUUCUUUGGCGACGAUGAAGAAAAACUGGAAGAUAAAAAUUAACCCUUUUAGAAUACCUAUAAAAAGAUGUAAACUAAUGUACCUCAGUUAUUUAGUAUGCUGUCAUGACAUUUAGGAAUUAAGACAGUAACAGUGUAUAGACACGGGAACAAAAAUCCAGCAUGUUUUAUGAAAACACUAACUUAUUGUGACUUUGUCUUAGUACAUACAUCUUUUUAUAAAAAAAGAAAAUGAAAUAGCAUCCUAUUAAUGUAAACUGUUGAAAUGCCUUUACCAGUGGCAGUCAACAUUUUUCAGUGCUUUAUCUCCAUUAUAGUAAAGUUAUUUAAAACUGCCAGUCGAGGAUGCAUUGAGGGGGUUCAGAUUUGCAUAUUGGAUGUAACCUGGCUAUCUGUUGUUCCAACUGAGGCUCUGGGCUUUCGUCCAUUUUCCUGUCAUUUCAGUUUAAGGUUCAUGAUAUUUUUCUUCCCUGAUCCUACCCAGGUUCCAUUUUCAUUUUCAUUCUUUUUAAAAUAAUAAUUAUGGUAUUUUGUUCAGCGCUUAACUAGGUGCUAAGCACUGUUUUAAGUGCU